ACGGACGAGGGAGGCGGGGUUUUCACAAACGCCAUUUUCUCUCCACACGACGGAGGUCGCUCUUGCUUCCCUUACACCGCCCCGCCGCUUCGUGUUGCUGUCAUAGCCUGUAUCGUGACUCCUGCCUGUCAGGCUACUGAAGCAAUAGGCUGUUGGUUUUGAUCCCGCCCAGAACACUUCAGAUUUGCUCUGCAAGGAUAUAUAAUCGUUCCAUUUACCAGUCUAAAAAUAAAAGAUAGUGAUGGAGACUGAACAACAAGAGGAGACCUUUACCAACACAGAGACAAAUGGAAAACGUCCUGCAGAAGAUAUGGAAGAAGAACAGGCUUUCAAAAGAUCUCGCAACACUGAUGAAAUGGUAGAACUGCGCAUCCUGCUUCAGAGCAAAAAUGCUGGAGCAGUGAUUGGAAAAGGUGGCAAAAAUAUUAAGGCACUUCGUACAGACUACAAUGCCAGUGUUUCAGUCCCAGACAGCAGUGGCCCCGAGCGCAUAUUGAGUAUAAGUGCAGAUAUUGAAACAAUUGGAGAAAUUUUGAAGAAAAUUAUCCCUACCUUAGAAGAGUACCAGCACUACAAAGGAAGUGACUUUGACUGCGAGCUAAGGCUGUUGAUUCACCAAAGUCUGGCAGGAGGAAUUAUUGGCGUCAAGGGUGCUAAAAUCAAAGAACUCAGAGAGAACACUCAGACCACCAUUAAACUUUUUCAAGAAUGCUGUCCUCAUUCUACAGACAGAGUGGUGCUUAUUGGUGGAAAGCCUGAUAGAGUUGUGGAAUGCAUCAAGAUCAUCCUGGAUCUUAUAUCAGAGUCUCCAAUCAAAGGACGGGCACAGCCAUAUGAUCCCAAUUUCUAUGAUGAAACAUAUGACUAUGGUGGCUUCACAAUGAUGUUUGAUGAUAGAAGGGGGCGUCCUGUAGGAUUUCCAAUGCGUGGAAGGGGAGGCUUUGAUCGAAUGCCUCCUGGUCGUGGUGGGCGUCCCAUGCCUCCAUCAAGAAGAGAUUAUGAUGACAUGAGCCCUCGCAGAGGACCCCCUCCUCCUCCUCCAGGUCGUGGUGGCAGAGGUGGUAGCAGAGCACGUAAUCUUCCUCUUCCUCCUCCUCCACCUCCUCGUGGCGGAGAUCUUAUGUCAUAUGACCGGAGGGGCAGACCUGGAGACCGUUAUGAUGGAAUGAUGAUGCAAUGUCAUGUGGACGCCUGUGAUGACAUACAACCACCAGAAUUGUUUGAGGGUGGGUCUGGAUAUGACUAUUCCUAUGCAGGGGGCCGUGGAUCAUACGGUGAUCUCGGUGGACCCAUCAUCACAACACAAGUAACGAUUCCCAAAGAUUUGGCUGGAUCUAUUAUUGGGAAAGGAGGUCAGAGGAUCAAACAAAUACGUCAUGAAUCAGGGGCUUCGAUCAAAAUUGAUGAACCUUUAGAAGGCUCAGAAGACCGGAUAAUAACUAUUACAGGCACACAGGAUCAGAUACAGAAUGCACAGUAUUUACUGCAGAACAGUGUGAAGCAGUAUGCAGAUGUUGAAGGAUUCUAAUGCAAGAUAUUUUUUCUUUUUUAUAGUGUGAAGCAGUAUUCUGGAAAGUUUUUCUAAGACUAGUGAAGAACUGAAGGAGUCCUGCAUCUUUUUUUUUUAUCUGCUUCUGUUUAAAAAGCCAACAUUCCUCUGCUUCAUAGGUGUUCUGCAUUUGAGGUGUAGUGAAAGCUUUGCUGUCCACCAGAUGUAAUGUUUUAGUUCCUUACAAAUAUUGGGGGGGAAAAUGGGGUGGCGCGUGAGACUAACAUUGGAAUUUUGAAACAGCAGCAGAGAGAGUGGUUUUUAUUUUUGUUAGUUGGUGGUAAUCUGUAAUGUUUUUCUGUAACUAUUGUGAACACCCUGCUUUAUGUACACUGUAUUUUUUUUGAAGGGGGAGAAUAUUAGUAGUCCACAUGUUCCUGGCAUCCAUUCAGAGCAGUGUGCAGAAUGUAAUGCUCUUUUGUAAGAAAUGUUUUAUGAUUUUUAAAAUAAAUUUAGUGAAUCUA